GCGGGACGCAGCGUCCUCCAGGACCUCGCUGCAUUGCCGCAAACCCCUACGGACUGCAGAGGCCUCGCUGCAAGGAGUAUCUUCCACUGACUUGACCGACUAUUUUGAAAAUGACUUCAAAGCCACACAUGGUGUCUUUUGCACUUGCUGCCCUCACUCUUUCAACUGCAUUUUCUCUCCAUCCAGACCAGCAGAAGGUUCUCCUAGUUUCAUUUGAUGGAUUCCGUUGGGAUUACUUAUAUAAAUUUCCAACACCCCAUUUUCAUUAUGUCAUGAGAAAUGGUGUUCAUGUGAAACAGGUCACUAAUAUUUUUAUCACAAAGACCUACCCUAACCAUUACACUUUGGUCACUGGCCUCUUCGCAGAGAAUCAUGGGAUUGUUGCAAAUGACAUGUUUGAUCCUAUUCUGAACAAAUCUUUCGCCUUGGAUCACAUGAAUAUUUAUGAUUCUGACUUUUGGGAGGGAGCAACGCCAAUAUGGAUCACAAAUCAGAGGGCAGGACAUGCUAGUGGUACAGCCAUGUGGCCUGGAGGAGAUGUAAAGAUACACAAGAGCUUUCCUACUUACUACCUGGCUUACAAUGAGUCUGUUUCCUUUGAAGAUCGAGUUGCCAAAAUCAUUGAAUGGUUUACUUCAAAGGAGCCCAUAAAUCUUGGUCUUCUCUAUUGGGAAGACCCUGAUGACAUGGGCCACCAUUUGGGACCUGACAGUCCACUCAUGGGGCCUGUCAUUUCAGAUAUUGACAAGAAGUUAGGGUAUCUCAUACAAAUGCUGAAAAAGGCAAAGUUGUGGACUGUUGUGAACCUAAUCAUCACAAGUGAUCAUGGAAUGACCCAGUGUUCUGAGGAACGGGUCAUAGAACUUGACAAGUAUCUGAAUAGAGACCACUAUACCCUGAUUGACCAAUCUCCAGUAGCUGCCAUCUUGCCAAGAGAAGGUAAAUUCAAUGAAGUCUAUGAGGCGCUUGCUGACGCUCAUCCUAACCUUACCGUUUACAAACAAGAGGAGGUGCCAGAAAGGUGGCAUUACAAACGCAACGAUCGAAUUCAACCAGUCAUAGCAGUGGCUGACGAAGGGUGGAAUAUUUUACAGAAUAAGUCGGAUGACUUUCUGUUAGGCAACCAUGGUUAUGAUAAUGCAUUAGCAGAAAUGCAUCCAAUAUUUUUAGCCCACGGUCCUGCCUUCAGAAAGAAUUUCACAAAAGAAGCCAUGAACUCCACAGAUCUGUACCCACUGCUGUGCCACCUCCUCAAUGUCACCGCUAUGCCACACAAUGGAUCAUUCAGGAAUGUCCAGGAUCUGCUCAAUUCUGCAACUCCAAAAGCAAUUCCUUAUACACAGAGUACCACACUUCUCCUGGGUAGUGACAUACCAGGAGUAUAUGAGCAAGAGGAGUCAUACCCUUAUUUCAUAGGGGUCUCUCUUGGCAGCAUUAUAGUGAUUGUAUUUUUUGUAAUUUUCAUUAAACAUUUAAUUCCCAGUCAAGUACCUGCCUUACAGGAUAUGCAGGCUGAAAUUGCUCAACCAUUAUUGCAAGCUUAAUGCUUCUUUGAAAUGGAAUUGCAUAUUGAAGUGGAGAUUGCAAAAUCAUGUCAAUGUUAAAAGUUUCAAGUUCUAGGAAGCAGUCUCGGACAUCUGCUGAGGUCGUCAAGCAGUUAAUCCAUACUUCAGCACAGUCACACAUAUAACAUGUACACACAGAGACAGACCAAAACACUUCUGCAAAAGGUCAAAGAUACGAGAGUGUUUCUCCAUUGUUCUCUCUAGCUUAGAAGGUUGAUGAGAUCCUGCUUUAUUUGGACUUGGCACAUACAAUGUAUAUUUUUAGCAACUUUGCACUAUUUACAGUACUUUAUACAUUGCACUUUAAAUUACUCUCCUGGGUACUUUUCUCUGAAAUGCACUUUAUAGACAAUUAUGUCUAUAACUUGGUGGAAAAUGACAGCCUUUUGCAUCCAUAUUACAGAAUACUUGUAUUUCACGUGCAACUGAAGGAAAUGUCCAAUAAUUGCUGAGUAAUGUAGAAAUCUUAUCUCCUUAAGUUGGGAGAACAAGAAGAAAGUAAAAACUGUUGAAGAUUAAAUGCAACACACUUUGCACC